AUGUUCACAAAUCCAUAUGCCACAGAAGUACUGAGGACUAAAAAGAAUGAGCUUGUAGAAGGCAUAAACAACCCUGAUCACCUUCUAAACUGGCUGAUCGAAAAUGGUAUUCUUAUGCCUGAGAAAAAAAUGGUUUUAUCCUACUACAGAACACGGACAGCAAAGAACUCCCGGGUUUUGGAUCUCUUGGCUUCUCAAGGUGAGCGAGCCUGCAGGCUGUUUUUUUAUCCAUGUCUAAAACAGAUCGAGCCCCAUCUAUAUAACAACAUGAGGAAUUAUGUCAGUAAUGUGAAUGAGAAAAUUGGUGAUGCUAGAAGGCAACUGAUAGGAUACCUACUUGAGAAAGAUAAAGAAUGGGUCCAAAAGGUUAAGGAUUUCCACCAGGAGAAGAAGGAUAGUGCUAGACAGGUUUUAGCUAAGCCAGAAAAGCUGACUCGGGUCAAAUGUAAAGAAAAACAAAUUGUUGCAGCAGAAGUGAAAUCCACAGGCAAUGAUUUUAAUUCUCCUAGCAUUUUUGAUUCUGUAGCCAAAGGUAAUCUUUCUGAUUUGGAAAAAAGCUUAAAGCUGAGUGAUGUUAAUGCUGUAAACGCUGCAAACGAAACCCUCUUACACAUUGCAGCAGCUCAUGGACACACUGAAAUAAUAGACUAUUUAAUCAGCAAAGGUGCCAAGCUGGAGGCAAAGGAUAAAGCAGGAAGAACCCCUCUACACAGAGCUGCUGGGAAGGGUCAUGAUAAAGCCGUGAAGAUGCUGCUCCAAGCUGGUGCCAGCAUGUACAGCUUGGAUCAAGAAGGCAAGAGCCCACUUCACAUGGCCAGCCAGAACCACCAUAUGCAUGUUCUACAAAGCAUCCUGAAGGAAGAGGCAAGGCGACACAAGAACCGGCACAACUUCCUUCACAUGGCUGCUCUCGAAGAUGACAGUGACCUGGUGCGACUGCUUUUAACAAAUGGUGCUUUGGUGGAUGCCAAGGAUGAGAAAGGGCAAACUGCUUUGGGUUAUGCUGUAUCUCGAGGAUUUGAGAAGACCACCGAGGUACUGCUGGAAGAAGGGUCUAGCAUAGAUUCUAGCAUCAUUGAUGCAGCUUUUAACAGCAACAAUCAAGCUCUAUUCAGGCUGUUGCUGGAAUAUUCCAAAGGAUUUUCACCAGAUACCAUGGUGUCAGCACUUUUUAGAGCCAUACAGAAAGACCUCCAUGGCAUCGUAGCUGUUUUAAUUGAAAGAGGUACAGACAUCAAUGCUCUCAAUGAAAUGCAGUACACGCCAUUGCUUGUGGCGUGCGAACAGGGGAAGACAGAGUCAGCAAAAGUUCUAAUUGAAAAGGGAGCCAACCUGAAGCACAAAACCCCUAAUUCAAACAGUGCUUUACAUUUGGCAGUUCAAGCUGGAGCCUUUUCCGUCACUAAGAUGCUCCUGCACAAAGGAAUGGAUCCUAAUAUUACAGGCCAGGGAGAUCAAACACCCCUCUACGUUGCUGCAUUGCACAAUAAGGAAGCACUAGUUGACAUAUUAAUUGAAAGAGGAGCGAAAAUUGAUACUGUCACCAAAGAGCUACGCACUCCAUUGCACAUUGCGAGUUAUAAAGGGCAUGUUGCUGUUGCUCAAAGGCUCUUGCAGCAUAAGGCCAAUGCUAAUCUUAAGGAUAAGCAAUCAAAGACACCUCUUCAUCUUGCUGCUGACAUGGGGCAUCCUGCUAUGGUCGAACUGCUUCUUAAGUCCAGUGCUGAUCCAAAUGCAAGGGAUAAAGAGAAAAAGACGCCACUUCACCUGGCAGCCACAGGAGGGCAUCUUAACACAGUGAAAGCACUUCUGGCUAAGUCUAGCUUGAUCGCCAAAGACAUGGAUGGCUGCACAUCAGCGCACUAUGCAGCCACCAAAGGGAACAUGGAGAUAAUGAAAGCACUUCUGCUUGCUGGGAACAAUAAAAAUAUCAAUGACAAAAAUAUAUGGAGAAAGACGCCACUGCAUCUUGCCGCAGAACAUGGACACAGUGAUUUGAUACAAUUUCUGCUGAGCAGUGGUUCAGCUAUCAAUGCCUUGGAUAACACUAAAGACACCCCACUGCACUGUGCUUGCAAAGCUGGCCAUUUGAACUGUGUUAACACACUGGUCAACUGGUCUGCCGGGGAGAAAGCAAACCUACAGGCUACAAAUAGCCUGAAAAAAACUCCACUGCAAACAGCAGAGUCUAGCUCAACUGAGAACCAAGCUGAAAUUGUUACUCUUUUGAAAAAGAAAAUGUUAUUGAUGAGAUAA